AUGGCGAAUUCGUCUGCUCCGGUGGAUCACUAUGCCAAUCCUUACUUCUUACACAGCUCGGAUCAUGCGGGGAUGAAUAUUAUAUCUGAUCGUCUCACGUCUGGAGCUGAUUUCUAUUCUUGGAAGAGAUUGAUGCGUAUUGCUCUCAAUGUCAGAAAUAAGCUUGGUUUCGUUGAUGGUAAGAUUCCGAAACCUCCUGAAGAUCAUCAAGAUUAUGGCUCAUGGUCUAGGUGUAAUGAUAUGAUUACUACUUGGAUUAUCAAUUCUGUUGAUAAGAAAAUUGGUGGAAGUUUGCUGUAUAUCUCUACUGCCGAAGAAAUCUGGAAUAAUUUGAUGUCAAGGUUUAAGCAGGACGAUGCUCCUAAGGUGUAUGAGUUAGAGCAGAAAUUGAAUUCUCUGCAGCAAGGAUCGAUGGAUGUUACCUCCUAUUAUACAAUGCUAGUAACUCUCUGGGAAGAGUAUAAGAACUAUGUUGAACUCCCUGUUUGUACCUGUGGAAAGUGUGAAUGUAGUGCAGCCACUCUUUGGGAGAAGCUUCAACAGAGGAGUCGAGUUACAAAUUUUUUGAUGGGAUUGAACGCUUCUUAUGAAUCUACUCGAAGACACAUCCUCAUGCUUAAGCCUAUACCAAGCAUUGAAGAGGUUUUCAACAUGGUUACUUCUGAUGAACGUCAGACGAAUAUCACGCCUAAGCCAAAUAAUAUGAUUUUUCAGGCUUCUACGUCUACAGAAGUCCCUGUCUCGGUCUCAUCUCAGGCGUCUGGUACACAUCAAGCUCCUUAUACUGGCUAUAUUCUUGGAUUCAAGAGCAGCUUUGCUAAUUACCAGGGGACCCAAGGAAGUCAACGCCCAGUAAUGUCGUCUGCACAACCUCGUGGGUUUACACCUUCUAAUCCUAGACCAGUGACACAUGCUGUGGCCAAUGUGAUAACAGAGACUUCCCCUGCUCCAUCUAUGACUCCUACGGUUAAUCUGGAUAUCAACACCAUGAGUAGUGAACAUAUUACUUCUUUGAUUCAACAAUUAAAUGCAAAGGUUAAGCUUUCAGAGGCUCCAGCUUCAUCUUCACAGGCCUCGUCCAUUACAGAGCAUGGUGUUAUGGCUGUUCAAUCAUCAUCUGUAACUGUUUCUGGAGUCACAGUCUCUUUACCGAAUGAAGAUAGGGUGGAUAUCACUCAUUGUGGCUCUGUUCUUUUAUCAUCAUCACUCAUAUUGCAUGAUGUCUUGCAUGAGUCUAUUCAGGGCUUAAUGAUUGGUAAAGGUUUUCUUCUUCAUAAUCUAUACAUCUUACAACUUGACGCAUCAUCUUCUGCACUCACUGCUUCAUCAUCAUCAUCACUUCCGCAUUUCACUGGAUCCUUGAAGGUUGAUGGACAUCUUUGGCAUCAACGCCUCGGACACCCAUCUUCUGACAAGUUAAAGAUACUUUCUGCUAAGCAGAAACGUAUUCCUUUUGAGUCUAAUAAUCACUUGUCUUCACAACCAUUUGCACUUAUACACUUAGAUAUAUGGGGUCCUUUCUCAGUUACGUCUAAAGAUAGACACAAGUUUAGUCCUAGGGCUGAUCAAUGUGUGUUCUUAGGAUAUUCAUUUGGUUAUAAAGGUUACAAAGUCUUACAUUUAGAGAGCAAUGUUAUUUCGAUUACCCGAAACAUUAUUUUUCAUGAGGAGAUAUUUCCAUUCAAAUUAGCAUCCAAUACUUUGCAUUCUCCUGAUAUAUUUGAUAGUGUUAUCUUGCCAUUAUCACCUCCAUUAUCAUCUGUUAUUGAUCCCCACUAUCAUCCUCACCAUCAUGCAUUGCUACCAUCAUCUUCUAUAACAUCAUCAUCAUCACAUUCACAUCAACCAUCUGUCCCAAGUACUAAUGAUUCGGUACCCGAGACUGUGCCUACGGAGAUGACCAUUGUAUCAUCACUAAAGGUUAGGCCGAAGCGAACGUCUAAGGUGCCAGGUUAUCUUUCUGACUAUCAUUGUUCCCUUACUCAAAUUUCUCCUCCUUCAUCUUCUUCUACUUUUACAACUCCGUAUCCCAUUUCAUCUUAUAUCACCUACACAAAUUUCAAACCUUCUCAUCAAGCUUUUCUUCUCUCUGUCUCCACUGAAACGGAACCUAAGAAUUUUCAGCAAGCCAUUGCUUAUGUAUACUGGACUAAGGCUAUGAAUGUGGAAAUGGAUUCUAUGAAUGCUGCCGGAACUUUUGAUGUUGUUUCAUUACCACGAGGUAAAAACGUGGUGGGUUGUAAAUGGGUGUAUACUGAUACGUAUGGAGAGAAACACCCACCAAUUCUCUAUCAAUACCAGAGGAGGAAGAAAAGCCCAAGUGGCUAA